UAUGUCCAAAGAGCAUUCUAAAGGUAGAUGGAUGGGGUAUAUGGUAGUGAUAGGGUAGAAAUGAAGGAGUUUUAUUGCUUUUGGAGAAAUUUAUGUGGGGUUAUUAGGAGGCGUAAGUUUUAGCUUCGUGUUUUAGAUAUCGAUUGUCAUAGUAGUAAUGAGAGUUUGGAAUAGUGAAUUAAAAACCAUUCGUCUGGGAUUUAAAAGAGAGCUAGUUGUUUUCUUAUCAUAGAACAAUUGUCAUUUCUGAUCAUUUUUAAUCAAAAGACUGAUCGGAUGAAAAUAUGAAUAAGACAAUGUAUUUUACAGUUUUAAUGACUUCUUCAAAACCUUUUCUAUCUAUGACAACACAAUAUUGGUCCUAUAGGCAAAAAUAUGGCAGCAAGGUGCCUAAAAAUUAGAAAAUGAACAAGAAUGGCUGAGGAGUUAUUGAGAAGAAACAAUUCUUUAAGCAAAACAAACUUCAAGGAUAUGAACAAACUUAGAUUAAAUUACUGUCAACAGCCCUCAGUUUCCCUCAAAUUGAUCAAAGAGAUUCAGUUCAGCAAGAAGAAGUUCUCUCUAAACCUGAGUAAUUCUUUGGUGAGCAUGCUCAACAUGUUUGGUAGAAGAAACUACAGUUUUGAAGAAAGUGGAGAUUCCCAGCAGAAGUCAUAUUGAUAUCCUUCCGACCAAACCCAAGAGAAUUCAUGCAACCUGUACAUGAUAGAGGCCUUAUUUUCCAAGCUGCAAGCUGAUUUUAGCCUGCUUGAUUCGUUAAUUAACUUAUUGAUCAAGGGUUGAAUAACACAGGAUGCUGCAAUCAUUUCUGAGCGGAAGACUAAAUAAGAGUUCCUCAAAGGAAGUUAUGAAAAGGAACAAAAGCGAGAAAUUGCAAUCAAAAAAUUUCUGACAUAUUGAUGCCAAGAGUAAAACAGCACUCAAAGCCAACUUUAAACCCGCAAUGAAUAUCAAAGGAAGUAUCCAGAAAGCUAUUGAUAAUUGCUCUUUGGAAAUUGAUGUGUAUAAACCUCCAAAAAAUAGAAAGAGCUUAGAGAAAUCAAGCAAAGGCAAUAAAAAGCCUAAAGUGACAAGCUAUGCUAAUAAUAUCUGAUAUUCUUAUAAGAAGUCUUCAAAUGUAUAUAAGACAUUACAUAAUGGAGCUCUUGAGACAAUAAAAGGUGGUCGCAGUAAGCGUAACGACCCAUUUCGGGAUAGUAGCAUGCAAUACUUUGGAAGUUACAAGCCAAAGCCUAAGAAGCAAAAUCUUAUGAACAACUCUCUUGUGUUCAGUGAUUUCCAAAAGCCUCUUUCAAAUACGCUUGGAAAAUGUAGUAGUAAUAAACAGGUUGGAGAAGACAACUGAGUUGACAGAAAAAUCAGGAAAGAACACGCUAUCAGCGAGAAGAAAGCCAAGAAAUUACAGAGUGAGAGGCCUAGCCAAGCAAAGAACAAGUCUAAGCAUAAAAGGAACAAAUCGAUAUUUACCUCAACUCAUGAGGAUUCUCAGGAUAAAAAGAACCAGGAAAUCUGUAAAAGAGUAUUAGAAACAAUGCAGAGAGCUCAAUCCCAGCCAAAGCAAGCUAAGAUCCAGAUGGUUGAUGAUUUCUCUGAAGACAUCCAGGUUCUUGCUGGAAAAAUUGAAAAGGAGCAUCAAAAAGAGAGCUUUGGAAAACAGUUCAGUGUUUCAAAUAACAUGAAUAAUGCUCAACUGGGCAACUUUAUAAACUCAGCUGAAGGCUCAAAGAAAGAUCUGGUUAUGAUUAAUGAAGAAAUGGAAAAUUCCUCUUAAAAUUUUGUACGAAAC